AUGGACGGCUACAGCUCCACCUACUGGGCCUACAAGCGCGACACGGACCUGUGCGCCAGCUGGCUCGCCACCACGGCGCUCUCGCUCGGGUUCCCCAAGCACCGCAUCGCCACCGCAGUCAAGCCCAAGGGAGCUGGCGCUGGCGCGGGUGCCAGGGCCCCCGCUAACGCGACCCAACGCGACCUGCACAGCAGCGCGUCGACGCACCGCGGCACCGGCAGCGAGCACGGCAACGGCAUUGGCCAGGGAGCGUGCCACCACGGCAGCAGUGGCCCGGCUCCCGCUCCGGCCCCCGCCCAGUACAAGUACAUCCUCCGCAUCCCCCAGUUCAUCGAGCUGGCCCAGUUCAUCGCCGAUCAGGGCGCCAGCGUGGCGCCGGACAAGCUGCGCCUGAUCCGCCGCUGCAUCCACCGCCGCCUCACCUGCAUCCACUUCUUCGGCGAGCAGCCCGACCUCUCGCGCCUGCAGCACGUGUUUUUCGUCGAGGUCCUCAUCGAGGUCUGCACCAUCCUCGAACCGUUCGAGGCCGAGGAGGUCCAGGUCGCCACCGACGAUCUGCAGAGGCCCAGCACGGCGAAGGCGGCGGCGGCAGCGACGGCGACAACGGCGUCCACCGCCUCCUCCAGCAGCCCUCGCAGCCCGCAAAGCGCCGGCAGCAAGAAGAAGAACAAGGGCAAGGGCCAAAAGAAGCGCAAGGGCAAGGGGCCCGCGAGACCCGCCGGCAACCUCUUCACGCAGCUCGAGACGUACACCGUCGACGAGGGCGACGACGACGACGACCACGCCGACGACUCGCCUGGCGAAGAGGCGCUGCAGUAUCAGGUCGAGGACAACGUCGACGAGGCGCUGUGCGCCUUCAUGGCGCUCUACACCGACCUGCACGAGAUCCGCCGCUUCCUGCGCCAGCUGUGGUCCGACUACCGCCAGCGCAAGACGGACCUCGUGACGGCCUCGCUGACGACCAACACGGCCUUCCAGCUCGUGGAAAAGGCGCACGCCGACAUCAUGUCGCGCUACAGCUCGCUCUUCGACGCCCCCGAGGACAUCCUGUUUUCGCUGGUCGACUACGCGUUCGAGCUGCGUACGGGCCAGCGCCUCUGCGUCAGCCGCAACGGUCGCCGCUCGCAGAUCCUCGCCGGCAGCCUGAGGAUCAAGGCGGCGCGCGACGCGCUCCUCUUUGCCUUCGAGCACUUCCUGCUUUUCCCGCUCGACUGGCUGCCACGCCGCCGCGACCUGUGGCGCGAGAGCAUGGACGCCGUCGAUCCCAACAACCGCGCCACGACGACGCCGAUCCUGCUCGGCUUCGACUACGCCACCCUCACUCCCGAGCAGCGCCUGCUCCAGGAUCGCCGGCUGGUCGACGAGGCGUUUGCCGACUUUGCCAUGUUUGACAGCGCCUUCCAGCACGCCAUUGAGCUCUACACGCGCUUCGUGCCGCCCUCGGGCUGCCAGCGAGCCGACUCGAGCGCGCAGAGCGCCGACGCGCUGACGCGCGAGAUGUCGCGCUUCAUCCGCGGCGACGACGCGCCCUCGCUACUGCUGCUCUUCGAGAUCCAGGUGUACCUCGACAUCAACUACACGCUGCAGGGCGACAACGUGCGCGGCUGGCUCGACUCGAAGCGCGAGCUGCACCGCAUCCAGCGCAGCCUCGAGGACGCCUCGUGGCUCGAGUACCCCUACGACGACGACGACCACGCGGGCUUCCGCAUCCGCGUCACGCUCCAGGGCGUCGACGACCUGCUGAGCGAGAUGUACGCGCGAUCCGGCUCGCCGCCGAUGGCCGGCGCGCCCCGGCCCGGCAAGAAGAAGCAGCAGAAGAGGGGGCGGAUGGCCCACUUCCUCGAGCGUCACCCGACCUACUGCGGCCUGCAGGCGUUCCGCGGGCUGCUGCUGCACCAGACCGUCGGCUUCGAGGUGGCCAACUUCACCAGCCUGAUCCUGGCCAGCGCCCACCUCUAUGUCGCCUGCCGCAACCACGUCGCGAGGCAGCGCACCGAGCACGCGGCGCUCCGCUGGCCGGACAUGGACAUGGUCGUUGGCAUGCACGGCCCCGAAGCCAUCUUCGGCGGCAUGGUGCCUGCGACGAUGCUCGAUUCGUGCCAGGCCGCCAUGACGACGUACGGGUACGAGAAGAGCAGCGUGCUCGACUACCUGCACGGCAGCCACCUGCGCCGCAAGAAGGCGACGCGCGAGCUCAACAAGACGGCCAUCCUGACGCGCCUCGAGCGCCUGCAGGACGACUCGCCGUUUGUCUCGAUCUUUGCCAGCCUGCAGUGCACCUGCACCAACCACAAGGGCGCGCUGCUCCAGGCCGACUUCAACGACGGCACCGUCCAGCGGCUGCUGGCCGACACCAAGGCGCGCCAGGUGCGCGCGGCGUUCAAGGCCGAGGGCAAGAAGCCGCCCCCUCGCGUCAAGCCGUCGUCGCCACCCCUGCCUUCGGCAUCGGCGUCGUCUUCGUCCUCGUCAGCAGUCGUUGGAGCGAGCCAGCAUCGCCAGCAGCAGCAGCAGCAGCAGCAGCAGCAGCAGCAUGAGCCCGAACCGUCCAUGAGCGAGCUGCUCGGCAUCCUCAGCGAGGGGCUCAGGGCCGAUAUGCGGGCGCUCCAGUUCGACUAUGUGGCGCUCCACACCCGCUGCGCGCGAGCAUUCGAGGAAGUCUGCGAGCUGCUCGACAGGAGCCAGUGGAGCUCGUGGAACGGUACCACGUUUGAGACGGCCGAUGAGCUCGGGCCGAUGCUGCUGGUGUGCUUUGUGCUGGUCAGCUGCCUGCAGGACUGCACGGGCAAGCGCUGCUACUGCGCCGAGCACGGUCGGGCGGCUGCGGAGUCCUCCAACCAGCUGCUCGUCGACAUCGCCGAUGUCAUCCGCAAGACUCUUGGGCUGAGCGGCGCCGACAGCGAGAGCCGCCGGCUCGCCAAGGCGGUGUCGGCCACCGGCACGUCCAGCAACCCCACUUCCACGGCAGGGACUGCUGCCAAGUCGAAGGGCAGCGGCAAGGGCGACACUAUGCCGUCCUCGACCAAGGAUCCCGCCACCUUGUACGGCAAGGCCAUGGCCGCUUCGAAACCUGCCGCCGCCUUCCUGCCUUCCUUCACGCUCACCCAGGUGUGA